CGCAAACUGUAUGGGUAAUGAUGAAUGUCCAUUGACAUUAGAUGAUGCUGGCGGCGUUUUAGGACAUGCAUACUUUCCUGACUCUAGCGGCACCUGUAGAGAAAUCCAUUUAGAUAUAAAUGAACGCUGGUAUUUUGGGAAUAAUCCUAAUAUACCCAAAAAUCAAACUAGUUUUCUUAUGGUGUUGGUUCAUGAAAUUGGACAUGCCCUCGGCAUAGCACAUAGUGCUUCUCCGAAUGCUAUUAUGUUUGCCUUCUAUCAGCAUGAGAUUCGUGGUCUAGAUGUUGAUGAUAUAAAUGCAGUACAAUAUCUAUAUGGAAGAAAAAACAAAUAUGAUUCAAUCCCAAAGUCUACCACCGCAUCAGCAAUACCAAAAACAACAACAACUAUAAGAUCUACAACUCUUCGCUUAGCUUCUAUACUUUCUGCACUGCUUCCAUCGUCCCCCUUUGGUAUGGAAGGAUUUACCUUCCAAGGUUGGUCGUCAUCUGGCGAUCUCCUGAACCUUAUUUUUGUUCCAACGUGCCAAGUGGGAUCUGCUUUUGGAUUAGUUAAGUCUUGCGAAAAUCCAGCGUUGAAUUCGUGUUGCUCCCCAGAAUGUCUAACUUCUAUGUCAGACCGAACUGAUCCAUCAUCUCCGUGGACUAUUUGUGGGUUAAACGACCAAGGUUUUCUCUCUUGCCAUGUCUGA